AUGACCCUUGGUCGCCAAAGCUUUAUCAGUCGCGCUGCCUCUCGUCGCCACGAUAUCCCACACAUUCACAGAUGGGAAGGCGAGACCGGUUUCACUAAGGUCGGCCUGGCCGAAAAACUGGACUCGACCGCGAGUCCUAUUACACCCGUCGGCAAUAUUAAACAGGAGAGCCUUUUGGUAGGCGCCUCGACUUACCACAAGAAGGACGAGGUCCUGCAUUUCCUGUUCUUUUAG